UCUAUUUGGUCAUGUUUUAAAUUUGAUAUUGCUCAUAAAUUCUGAGAAAAUGUAUACACAAUAGAUUAAUCACAGUUUCUGAUUCAAAGAAGUUGAAAUUUAUACUAAUGGCAGCCCCUUCCAUCAAAAGUGACUUAAAAGAACCCAGUUUGCAAUUCCGAAAUGAAACAAGUAGACUUACACAAAAUGAAGCUAAAACUCAAGCUCAAGGUUCAUUUUCUGGUAAAGAUGUACCCAUGGCAGUCUCUUUGUCUGAGUCUCCACCUUCAGCUAGUCCACAAAUUCUAAAUUCUGGUAAAGCAAUACUGAGAAGUAAUGGUAGUGAUAAACUCUCUGUAAAAUCAUUUAAAAGCAAUCAAAAAUCUCCAAGAAGUUUAAGUUAUAAAUCAGAAAAUACGGAAGAUAUGCUUAAAAAUAUAGUUAUCAAUCUCGAACCGCAGGGAAAAGAAAUUAGUGAUCAUGUGGAUGAGUUAAAGGAAUCGGUCAGGGCACUUUCAAAGAACAUUGAUUGUCCUCAGUCACCUGUAUUAGGCACUAAUGUCGAUAAAAUAGCUGCUAUGGGAGAGAUUCUAACAAAAGAAGCCAAUGCUUUAAGACAGUCAAUAAAAAGUUUAUCAGAAGAUAUCGCUAGAACUAAACAGGAUUUAUGUAUAGAAAAGGAAGAUGUUAAUUUUCCAUACCAUUUAUUUCUGAUUGAGAUAGUUAUAAACAAGAUCCAAAUGAAAUGUGAGUGUUUCGAUAUAGACUACAAUAAUCUCGUAAUUACAGCAAGCUUUUUGGGCAAACAACCAAUAACGUUGUACGAUGCAUCAUAUGGAAAAAUAGAUGAUUUUAACAAAAUGAAUGCCGGGAAAUCAACAUUAUUUGCAAUGACUUAUGAUAAGAUAUGUAGUAUAAAAGAGUUUGAAAUAAUGUUGCAAUUAACGAAACAGCCACCGUGCUCAAAUUGCGUAACUAAUAUAGGUGAAACACACAUGGACUUCACAGGCGAAUUUAAUUCGCUUCGAGAGGAAUUAUGUAAGAAAUGGACAGAAGAACAACCAAACGAUAACAUAUUGUGUACCACAUCAACACCACUGACCAAAAAUUUAUAUUAUUUAUCUUGUGGUAAUGAAAACAAUGUAGAAUCCAUAGGUGUAAUUGAAGUAACAGUUAGAAUAUCGUUUCUUGGUAAAGAAAUUACAACGGCUUUCUGUUCCCCAAAACCACAUGGCGCCUCAUUCCUAUUAAAAGAAGAUAAUGGCAUGACAAUGUACUCUUGUCACAAGGUAGAAAUGGACGAUCAUGGGAAAAUACUAUUGGAUGAAGAUGUACUAACAAAAAAAAGGUCUCCUUAUCGCCUUACUAAGAGAAGCGAAAGCCCAAUAUCUCAAUUAUCUAGCAUGUCUUUUAAGCGCUAUAUAGAUCCUCCUUGCAUGAUGUAUACUAGUCAUCCAGCUGGUCUCGGCGAAUUCCGGAUUCGUGACUUGAAUGAUGAAAUCAACAAGUUAAUGCGAGAAAAAAGACAUUGGGAAGUCCAGAUUAAAGCACUCGGCGGACCAGAUCACGCCCGAGUCGGUCCAAAAAUGCUGGAUCAAGAUGGAAAAGAAGUUCCUGGGAAUAGGGGUUACAAAUACUUUGGAGCCGCCAAAGAUUUACCAGGUGUCAGAGAACUAUUUGAACAAGAACCACCCCCGCCUCCACGACGUACAAGAGCUGAUCUCAUGAGAGAUGUGGACGCAGAUUAUUACGGCUAUAGAGAUGACGAUGACGGUCUACUGCUGCCAUUAGAACAAGAAGCUGAGAAAGAAGCUAUAGCCAGAGCUGUGCAGGAAUGGAAAACAAAUAAGGAACAAAAUAAAGAGCAAGACUUACCAGAAGAAGAAAAUAUUUAUCCUGAAGACCCGGAUGAUAAGAGGAUAGACGAUGAUGAAGAACCAAGCAAAACCACAUCGCAUGUAGCAGUACCAUCGCAGAAAGACAUAGAAGAAGCUCUGCUGAGGCGAAAGAAACAGGAAUUACUAGAACGUUACGGAUGUUUAGAUGUUAAAUUAGAAGAUAGCUGACAUACAAAUAAAAAAUAGUAUAUAAAUAUAUAUUUUCAUUUAUUUCGCUAAACAUACAGUGAUUACUUUAUUUGAACACAUAAUUUGAUAUAUAGUCCGAAUUACCAUUAACAUUUACUUCAAAUUGUAUAACCAAUUAAAUAAGAAAUUAAUAUAUAUAAUCUAUUUACUAAGAAAAAGGUAAUAAAAGAGUAUAUUGCUCAUCUUAUUUGGAAAUCAAACAUCGAUUGUUGUCUAUUUAUUUCGCCAAAAGGUAUAUAGUUUUGAUCAAAUCAAACUUCUUCAAUACUCUUUUUGUUACUUUGUUGGAACUUUUAAAAUAGAUUACAAUCGCAAUAACGAAAUAUUUAGUUACUUCAACGAAAUCAAUUUUUGUAAGGUGUUUUCUUAUAAGGAUUUUGUUAUUUGUAAUUUGAACCCUGAUUCCACUGUUUAGGGAAUAUUAAGUUAAAACAAAGUUAUUAUUUCUCAUCAAUUUAUUUUUUAAUAUUUUUAUUGAUAUUUUCAUCUAAGCAAAAUAUACACAUUAGUGAAGUAUUGAAUGUAAGUACUUCGGGCACAAAUAACAUUACUGGACUUAUAUGCUGAACGAUACAGAUGUAAAAAAAAUAUACAAUUAAAUAUUCAUAUGAAAUCAUUGCACAAAAAAUAGGUACUAGUUAUAUUUAUUUUGCAAUGCGUAUAUUCGAUAAAACUAGCAUAAAAAAUAAAACCAUAUGCAUGUAAAUCUAAUUAAAUUAGGAAUGUACAAACUUAAAUAUUAAUAUUCCAUACAAGUCAAUAUGAAUAGAAAUUUUAUACAACCAGUACUAUGUGAACAUCUAUUUAUCUAAGCUGCACUCUAUUAUAACAAUUAUGGUCUAUAAGACUAAAUCAUUGAAACCUCACCAUUACAGAAAUAAUCAAUAUUUUGGAGACAUAAAUAUCAUAUACACAUGUUCAAUAAGAAAACAAAAUUAUUUUCUUCGUACAACUUGUUUCUUCAAGUAAUAUGUAAUAAGUAGUAAAAUUCAAAGAAUCUAUUUUUCUCACUGCAGCUUAAGAAUGUAAUAAUAAUAUGUAUAUACGCAAGCAUGUGCUACGCAAAUAAUCUUCAUAAUAUAAACAUGUAAUCGUGUGUCUUUAGUGAUUUAAGCACGAGAUUUCAAUAUAUUGCAUAUACUACGACAUAUUAUACAAACUCAAUUAGUAAAUAUAAUUAGAAAAGCACAGCAUUUUUUUUUUAAAUAUGUAACUGAAAUCGCUUAUAUCCGUCGGCCCAUUUGAUGGGGAGGGGAAACAGUCGCCUAUACACACGUGUUGCCAUUCCACAGGACUCAAUUGUCAUGCCACUACACCCUGCGAUUUCUUGCCAGUUCUUCUCAAUUUAGGAAGUUAAUAAAUUGUAAAAUAAACUGACGUACAUUAGUCGCUCAAAAUAUAGUAUAUGAUGAAUAAAUGCUUAUUACUCUUUAUACAUGAAUAUAUCUAUAUUUUUAAUAGUAAUUUCGUGUAACAUGUGUAAUUGCCUUUACGUACGGUAGUCGUGAAUUUAUGCAAACUAUAAUACACGAAAUGUAAUGAAUGAAUUUAAUUCUAUUCACUAAACAUUAUCUAACAAACGUUUACAAUAUUUCUUAAUUAUUAUGCACCUCUUUCUAAUAAUACUUUAUAAUGUAAAAUCAAAAGACA